AGACACACAGAAAGCGGGAGAGGUAUUUAAAACUUUUUUGAGAUCUGUCACAGAGUUUGUCAUCCCGAAAACCGUGGCGUUUGUCGCACGAUUAAUUACCACACUGACAGAAGAUUUCGCUCUGGUCCUUUAUUUGAUCAGCCGAAGGAAACGUUACACCGUGAACUCCCUACGAAAGUUUUCUUCAGCAUUACUGAAGAUUCGCUGAGCUAGUGGGGACCAUUCAAGAAGACACCCUGCUGCUACUUUUUCUGCCACGUCUGUCUUCAGGAAAGCAUUCUGUUCCAGCCAUGUGGCUAACGGCACACAUACGCCCCUCCACCAUCCUGUUUUUGACCCUCAGCAGCUUGGCCUCUGCAGGUCCAUUGUCUCGGAGCCCUUGUGAACCUUUGCCAGUUGGGGUGGGUCACCCGGUUCAGGCCAUGUUAAAGAGUUUCACUGCCCUAUCAGGCUGCGCUAGCCGAGGAACCACCAGCCUCCCUCAGGAGGUGCACAUCGUAAACCUACGAAGAGGCAAUGCACAAGGACACAGAGACAAACCAGCAGAGGUGGCGUUACAUCUGCGGCCCAUCCAGUCUCUGCCUGUGCACCAGAAACCGCUGGUCUUCGUCCUGAACUCCCCUCAGCCAGUCCUCUGGAAGCUUCGGACAGAGAAACUGGCCUCAGGAGUCAAACGCAUCUUCCAUGUUGCAGAGGGAUCUGAAGUGCACUUUGAGGCAGGAAAUUUCUCUGAGUCAUGUGAGGUGAAGGUGGAAAGUCUUCCUCAUGGCAAUGAGCACCUGCUUUCUUGGGCUCAUCAACGCUAUCGUGCAGUUACCUCUUUUAGCGAGCUCAAGAUGGCCCACGACGUUUACAUCAAGGUUGGAGAGGACCCCGUCUUCUCCGAGACCUGUAAGAUCGAUAACAAAUUCCUGUCUCUAAACUACCUGGCAAGCUACAUCCAGCCCCAGCCAUCCACAGGGUGUGUUCUCUCAGGUCCUGAUCACGACCAGGAGGUCCACAUCAUUGAGCUCCAGGCACCAAACUCCAGCAGUGCAUUCCAGGUGGAUGUGAUUGUGGAUUUAAGGCCGCUGGAUGGUGACGCCCCGCUCCAUCGUGACGUAAUGUUGCUUCUGAAAUGUGAGAAGUCAGUGAAUUGGGUAAUCAAAGCCCACAGCGUCAUCGGCAAACUGGACAUUGUGACGUCAGAUACUGUCAGCCUGAGUGAAGACACAGAAAGGCUGGUGCCGGUGUCAAAGACGGUGAAACAGAAGCUGCCCGCAGGAUCUCAGGCUCUCAUCCAGUGGGCAGAGGAAAAUGGAUUCAAACCCGUCACUUCCUACACCAACACCCCUGUUGCCAACCACUUCAAAUUGCGCCUCAGAGAACAAGGCAAGAAUCUAGGGAACAUGGAUGAGGGAAUGUUCCCACCAGAGUUGUCCAUUCUCCGCAAUACCAACCCACUUCCUAAGCCCAGCGCCCGGGAUUCCCCUGCACGGAACAGGUUCCCUUUUCCCUUCCUGCCAUCCACGGACCAGGGCCUGUCAUUCCCACCUCUAACCCCGUCUCUUGAGGAGCGUGAUCAUCAGGCUGGGGGUCCCGAGGAGCAGCAGGGGGCUUCGAAUGUAGGAUUCAGUGUGCAGUGUGAGAAGAACAAAAUGGUGGUCAGCAUCGACAAGGAAACUCUACAGGCCAAUGGGUAUGGAAAACCCAAUAUCACUCUUCAGGACUCCCAAUGCAAAGCAACCUCCAACAACACCCACUAUAUACUGGAGACGCCCCUGUCUGGCUGCCAAACCACCAAAAUUCCCUCCCACCCCAGCCCAGUGGUCCUUUAUAUCAAUUCAAUUGUUAUUAGCCAAUCAGAACAGAAGGAUGGAAGCGGCUGGCCCUUUGAAUAUGAAGAUCUGGAGUUAGGAGAUGUUGUAAUACCAGGAGAUCUGGAUGUGACAGAAAGAAUUUCACCUGAAAACGGACAUCGUGCAACUAUCUUGUUUAACUGCACAUACCGUAAAAACCAGGACACCCCGGUUGACAGUGGUAUCGGAUCAGAUGAUUUCAUUGUAGACUCUCUAGACAAUGUUACCUUCAACAUGGAACUGUAUAACAAUCCGUUUCACUACCCAAGCGCUCAGUCCUUCCUCACCAUCACUGAGAACAGGCCCAUCUAUGUGGAGAUUUCAGCCACAAAAGCCGAUCCUAACCUUGGGUUCAUGAUCCAGACCUGCUUCAUAUCUCCAGACUCCAGUCCUCUUACACCAUCGGACUAUGUUGUCAUAGAGAACAUAUGUCCUAAGGACGACUCUGUGCGCUAUUACCCUCAGCGAGGCGAUUUCCCCAUCCCUCAUGUUCAGAUGGACAGAAAACGCUUCAGUUUUACCUACAGAUCAAAGUUCGAUGUAUCAUUGAUCUUCCUGCACUGUGAGAUGUCCCUCUGCACCCGAAGAAAUGACAAGAAGAUGAACCUGCCAGAGUGUAUGUUACCAGAUGAAGCCUGCACUUACCUCAGUGUGGACAACAUCCUCCUCAUGAUGAAGAACACCAAGACCAUCACCAAGCCAAUUGUGGUCGUCUCCGACAACACACCUGUCACUGUUAACGUACCUGUGGAGCCACCUGGUCCACGACAUCCAGGCAUUAUAUAUUUCUUGGACACCCCAACUGUGGUGGGCAUCGCUUUUGCUGCCUUUGUGAUUGGAGCCCUUCUGACUGGAGCUCUAUGGUUCAUCUACUCGCAUACAGGUGGCACAGGACCAAAGCAGCAGGUGCCAAAGUCCCUGCCGGUGUCUGAGAACAGCAGCGCGGCUCACAGCAUUGGCAGCACACAGAGCACACCGUGUUCAAGCAGCAGUAAUGCAUAGAGCAGCUGGACUGAUGAUGCUUCCAUUGGUAUCUGCCAUUGCUUUGUACAUUUGUGGAAGAAUCUGUGUUUCGUAGCAUAACCUGAGGCCUUAUUAUUUUCAUUAUUUGGAACUGAAAUGUUUAGACUGAAUAUCCAAACGGAUGAAAAAAGCUACAUUUAGAGGUGAGGGAAAUAACCAAAUCAAGAUCCCAGAGAGUUUUUAAAUAUUGCUUUUUUCUCAAACCCCAUAAGAGUGUUGUUUUGCCAUCUAUGGUUGAGAUCAGUGUGAAAAUAACAAAGGCUGUUUACACCAGUCAUUAUGGCAUGAAGUCGGUCUAGAGGAACAGUUAGUACUCUGCGUGGUUACGCAAAGGCUCAGUCUUCACUCAAACAAAGAUCAGUGCUUUGCCUAAUCAAGCAUACAUAUUUCAGAAAUUUGACAGGAGACAUCUAUAAUAAAUAGGCCUAUAUCAAUAUAAACUAUUCAAUAUCUGAUUUUUUUAAAACCCAAAUGCCAAUCAUUUAAUUCUGUGUAAUUCUGACUGGUCUUCGGGAUUCAGACGCCAUGAGUGAAUGGUUUAAAAGCCUUUAUCAAAGGCAUUUUCAAUGUAUAGGACAGUUUUUGGAAUAUUGUAAAAUGAUGUAUAUUCUGUGAAUAUUGUAUGAAAUGCAUAGAUUUAAAGUGGAAAUAACUCCAUAAAAAGCUUUAACUAGAACAAAAUAUUUAUCAGAAGAUUACACACCAUUUAGAAGAUAAUUUUAAAAUGAUAAAUUUAAUCAUAAAGGCAAAUAUGAAUGAAUUUACAGAUGUACAUGCACAAGCGCUUUCCCAGAAUUGGCCUUUUAAAAGAUACUCGCAAGAUGAUAAGAAGUAGUAGGUCCUAGUGGAAUAAUAGUUUUUUUCCACCCAAAUUCUGAUGUACAGAUAAUUGCAGAUAAUAAUAAUAAGCAUUUUAUGACUCUAAUUGGACUUAUAGAUUUGAUAAAAUGUGAUUUUUAAAUGUUGGGCAUUAUUAUUCACCAUUAGUAUAAAAAAGUAAGGAUUUCAGCAAACAGCAGACUGUAAUGUUUUGAUAUUUUGUCCUUAGAUUUAAAAAUCAAAAUGAGCAUUUGUUGAGAAGGAGUUGAUGUGCAUAGUCACAAAAGAUGUACAUAAUCUAAUGCUAAAGAAUGGGCAUUUACUUUCCUGUCUUUUAAUGUUACAGCAGCCCCUGCGGUGUGUAUGUUUAGGUAUUAACCUACUACUAAAGUGAACACAAAAUCAACAUUUCUCAAAAAAAUCAUUAUUUCUGC